CCUCAGCCGACUUAUUCCCAAUUUGUUUCUCUGCUGUUGGUUCUCAUGCUACACACACCGUUGUGGCGUUUUGCCGCGGCCUCUCCAGGAGAGCCGGAGCGAGCAACAUCCCAAAGCCGCGGCGCAACGCUUGCUAACUCUCCGACCACCACAGCGCGCCAUGUAUACGUGGCCACCGUUCGACAAAAUGCAACCACUUCUACGAGCGAGUCAUGGUUCCGGUGCGGAAACCAGGCCGGCCGCUGAGCACUUGCCCUUGCCCUCCCGGUCGACCCUGUGCCUGUGGUGGUGUACGGGUUGCCAUCCCGAAGAAGCAGAAGUGCGGGUGUCCUAGUGAAGGCGGCAAGGAAUCCGAAGAGCAUGAAAAGGAGCACUCGCCGGUUGAGGCUCCCAUGUCCCCGUCCCGACCGUCGUUCCGGGUCGGGAAGCCGAACGGCGGGACCAAAGCCAACAGCCGGAAGCAGUCUUUUGACCCCGCCAAUCUGGAGAGGAUGGAUCCAAGAUCGAUCAAUCUCAUGGCGGUUGCGAGCAGCAACGGGGUCGCUAACGGGGUCACCAACGGGGCCACCAAUGGAGUCGCCAACGGAGUCACCAACGGAGUCGCCAACGGGGUCACCAACGGGGUCACCAACGGGACUACUAAUGGUGCUCCUAACGGAAUAGCUGUUGCGGGCAGCCCAGUUCUCCCAGGUCCGCCCGCCGACCUAGCCGGAUUCAGGCCGGGUAUGAGAGCGGGACCGGCUGGGCCGGGCAACGCGUUCACGUCUCCUCAUAACCCUAGCUUCGUACCGCCGAUGCCCUACGGGAUGGGAUUUCCGUAUCCCACGCCCGCCCAACUUCAACAUGGAGUCAAGCUGGAAGAUGGGCUCUACAUGGCUCCAAAUGGCAGUGUCCCGCCCUCUCCUUUUGCGAACGGCAACCACGCACCGCCGCCUCUCCGCAGCCCAGCGCAACCCACGAUCCCGAUCUCGAAGACGAACGGUACCACUUCUGGUGGUGGCGGCUGUUGUGGUUGCAGUGCACCAAAAACAGCACCGGCUCCAGUACCGGCCCCGAACAAUACCCCCGCGCCGCUUCCGGUCUACAGCCAGCCAUACAUGGCGCAUUUUCAAUACCCCACCGUCUUUCGAUACCCGGGCGACUACGGUUCUUGGCAGCAGCCGAUCGACCCGGUCAUCUGGCAACAAGUUGUGUCGCAGACGGGCGUGCCGAUGAGCACGCCGAUGUCGCCCACCACCAAAGGGGACGCGGUCGAUGCUGGCGCUAGCCACCACUGCAACUGCGGCGAAGGCUGCCAAUGCGUCGGCUGCCUGGCCCAUCCGUUCAACUCCCAGAUGUAUCAGUACGUCAACAACGCAUACAACGGUAGCAGCGGCAGCAGCCCCGGCGGGGCGGAUCAACCGGCAGGCGGGCAGGCACGACCCGCGGUGACGGCCGGCCAGGAAUCCCCGACGGAAGCACCCACACCGGCAGCGAGUGAGGGGUCACCUGCCCGGGAAGAACAGUCGCUGUCUAGUAUGGAUUACUUCUUCGUCAACCUGCCCAUUUCGGGGCUCUGCGGAGGACAUCUGGAGUCGUGUCCGUGCGGGGACAGCUGUGAUUGUCCAGGUUGCCUAGUUCAUAACAUUCCGCUGAACCAGGGGUAAGGCUGGCUGGGGGUGCGAGAAGGGGCCGAUGGGGCAGGUUGCAGUAUGCGCCCGAAUUGCUAUGAUGUUGUAUCACGGAAUGAAAGGAGAUGUAUUCUUAUUUCCUCUCUGUCAAGUCUAUCGGGGAUUGCCCGCGGGCAUUUGUUUAUUAUAUUCCAAAUAUGAGAUACCCAUGGGGAAGUAGUUGCCGUUUCAAGAUCAUCAUCUCCCAACCUACCGAC